AUGUCCAGCUGUUAUGCGAUUGCGGAGGGUAUCAACGGCAUUGAAUGGGCAAUGAUUGAUGCAGUAUUAGUAUCCAACUCUCACAGUCUGAUUAUGCUUCCCUACGUAACCGGGAUGCAGAAUUUUCGUGGAAAGGUGCUCACAACUGGCCCUGCCCUGAGGUUGGGAAAGAUAUUAAUCGAUGAUCUCUUUGCGGUAGCUGAAAACUUAUCUUCUGCUGCUUUGGAAUCAGUACAGAAAAGGUUGGUAUCUUUGUCCGGUGGAUAUCUUUGUAAUAGUUUGCCUGAUAGUCGACGGUGGCUCCUACGUUACACAAAAGAUCAAGCUGCUAGCGCUCUAUCAAAAGUGCAAACACUCGCCUAUCACGAAUAUGUCGUGAAGUGUGUCUCCGCUGGUUACGAAAUCGGUAGUUCAAAUUGGGUCCUCAAAACCGAUACUGAAAAGCUGGUUUACAUUUCUCGCUCAUCUCUCUAUUCUUCAUUCGCGAUGCCAAUGGAUUUUUCCGAGUUUUCCGAGCUUGAUGUUCUAAUCAUCGGUUCUGUGAAUACCUCCGAUUGUCUUCCAUUUGAGGCUGCAAUGGAAUACUUCAAAACCAUAACCGUUCAGACGCUGGCUCGUGGUGGUCACGUAAUGCUGCCCACUCUCCCUUCUGGUCUGAUCUAUUAUCUCCUCGAAGCGAUAGCGUCAGCCAGGGAUGAAUUUGAUGGGAAUCUCCUUUCGGAGUUCGACAAGCCCAUCUCUGUUUUGGUUACGAAGGGGGCGGUUGGAGGGAGUGGAGCAGACAAGGCAGCUCCGAUAGGUGGUGUCUCCUUGGUGGGCAAGGUGGCAAAGUGUCCCUGUCUUUUCAUCUCGACCCAGGCGAAAGCCAGUCUAGCCUACGCUAAUGCCUCGGGCGAGUGGCUGGCUGCUGAUCGUGAGUCGGCGCUUUAUGCGGCUGAAUCGCCCUUCCUCUUUGACACGUACCUAGCCGGUGAAAUUUGGAUUGAUGUUGAAAUUAAUGUGCUUGUCGACGCUGCCACUAACCUAGCACCCGAGUUAUUUUCUGAAGCCGUUGUAGAGCAUACGAAUCUGGAGGCGACUAUAUUAGAAACGUCCGGUGGGGCUGAAAGAAUAACAGCGCAAGAUCUUUCUUACAGGCGUAAAGAACGAAUUUUAGAAGACUGGAAAGCACAGCUUAGUCAAAUGUAUCAAUGGAUCCGUAACCAUCACCUGGCCACUCUGGCCUCGUUGCACUCUACGCCGGGUCAGCAGACGGGUGGAGGCGGUGGUAGUGAGAAGAAAGAUGGCGCAUGGGUAGAGGGAGGCCUGUGGCCAUCCUACCCCACUGUUUUCCUCUCUGGCCAUCCCAGUUGCCGCCUCGGCCCUGCAGUACACCUCAUCCGCGCACUUUCACUGGGCACUGGCAGGCAACGGCCAACACAGCAACAACAGCAGUGCUCAAACACAAAUGCUCUAAUUCUCGUUCAGUCGGAUGAAUUUUGCCAUAGAAAACGAAAUGGCCAUGAACAGCUGCGACAAAUACUGGAACCCCUAAAGAGCUUCACAGAAGCGACAACGGAUUGGGGUGAAGAUGAGACGAUCCUCCAACUGCCUGUACAUCGAUUGGGUGUCGGUCUAACUGCCUAUUGGCUUCCCCUGCGGUUGGACAUCUCGAUUGCCCAACUGCCCGCCCUGCUGACCAAUUGUGGCACUCCAAAACAGGCCUUGUUGGUGCCACUAGAGGUCAUCCGUGGGGCUAAGGCCUCCCUUUCCUCGGGAGCCAAGGGAAUCGGUUGGCGACAGAGUCUGGACAUCGAGCUAGCGACACCCUCGAUGGUUCGCGUGCACGUGGAUACGGAGGUGCUAUCGUCACGUUGCGCGUUUGCCAUGGCUGCCGCCCCAGCCACCACCACCGCUACUGGAGCCACCUCCGCCUCCGUCGCUAAGGAUCCACGGCGUGCUCGUGACACUCCAACGCACGUAGCUCUUGUGGAGGGACGAUUGUGUUUUCGGGAUGGUAAAUACCGUCUUGAGCCACCGGAAUUAGAUGGACCUCCGAUUGCGGGCGAAAGAGGCAUGCUGAGCCGCUCCAUAACUUCACCGCCGCAGUCACCGAAGCGUUCCUCCAGUCCGUCUGGCUCUACUUCCACCUCCUCUCCGUUGCCAGCGUGUACAGCGGAGGCAGUGGGGACCUAUCGGAUGUUGUUGUCCAAGACUUCGACAACGGGAGGGGUGGCGGUGGACGCAAAUCGACUGGUGAAGCACCUCACUGAGUCGGGAGUGACGGGUGCGCAGGUGAUCGCUGACGCCGCCCUUCUCGACUCCUUUCUCACUACCUACCGCCACCUCCACCGUCGACUACCACCACACCUCCUACCGCCCAUCGGUGCCACCGCGAAAAACACUGCUCUUAUUGUCUUUCCCAACUCAACGACGACAAUCUUGCUGACGGAGGGGAGCAGUCACAUCACAUGCCAGGACGAGGGGACACGAGUGGCCAUCCGAAACUCCCUCCUUGCUUGUGCACCUCACAUGCUUGCUGUGCCCUCGGCUGCCGCUUCCACCACCUCUACUCCACUCCACUAA